CUUGCCGGGAAACUGAGUCUUCCUGAUUCCGUGUGGCUGUCUCCAAGGAGGAAACGAACUACGCAUCCCAAGAUGCAUCGCGCAUAGGCAAUACGGUCCCGCUACUGGACCCAUUUCCUACCUGGGAAAUGGAGUCGAAGCUGACUCAAAAGGUAACGGCCCAAGUGUCCUUGAGACUUCAUUCCCCAGCAAGCUCAGCGUGUAACGUGCGCUAUGGAGCCGAAAGUCGCAGAGCUGAAGCAGAAGAUCGAGGACACGCUAUGUCCUUUUGGCUUCGAGGUUUACCCCUUCCAGGUGGCAUGGUACAAUGAACUCUUGCCUCCAGCCUUCCACCUACUGCUGCCAGGACCUACCCUGGCCUUCCUGGUACUCAGCACGCCUGCCAUGUUUGACCGGGCCCUCAAGCCCUUCUUGCAGAGCUGCCACCUCCGAAUGCUGACUGACCCAGUGGACCAGUGUGUGGCCUACCAUCUGGGCCGUGUUAGAGAGAGCCUCCCAGAGCUGCAGACAGAAAUCAUUGCUGACUACGAGGUGCACCCCAACCGACGCCCCAAGAUCCUGGCCCAGACAGCAGCCCAUGUGGCAGGGGCUGCUUACUACUACCAACGACAAGAUGUGGAGGCUGACCCAUGGGGGAACCAGCGCAUAUCAGGUGUGUGCAUACACCCCCGAUUUGGGGGCUGGUUUGCCAUCCGAGGGGUAGUGCUGCUGCCAGGGAUAGAGGUGCCAGAUCUGCCACCCAGAAAACCUCAUGACUGUGUACCUACAAGAGCUGACCGUAUCGCCCUACUCGAAGGCUUCAAUUUCCACUGGCGUGAUUGGACUUACCGGGAUGCUGUGACACCCCAGGAGCGCUACUCAGAAGAGCAGAAGGCCUACUUCUCCACUCCACCUGCCCAACGAUUGGCCCUAUUGGGCUUGGCUCAGCCCUCAGAGAAGCCUAGUUCUCCCUCCCCGGACCUUCCCUUUACCACACCCGCCCCCAAGAAACCUGGGAAUCCCAGCAGAGCCCGGAGCUGGCUCAGCCCCAGGGUCUCACCACCUGCAUCCCCUGGCCCUUGAUACCUUUCUCCCAUGUAGACCCUGAUUUAUGGUGGUACUUGCUAGGACUUAAUUGGCUUUGGCAAAGCAAAAGGUUUUGAGUACAAGAUUACUAUUUUUGAUAAUAUAGUAGAGAUCUUCCAUGAAGAUAACAAGUCUCAAGGAAGUUAGGUUUGGCCAAGAUAAAGGCCAGGGAACCAGAAUUCCCAUCUGCCUUCAAAUUUUUUUUUUUUUUUUUUUAAGAGUCUUACUCUGUCACCUAGGCUGGAGUGCAGUGGCACAGUCUCUACUCACUGCAACCUCUGCCUCCUGGGUUCAAGCAAUUAUCUGCCUUAGCCUCCUGAGUAGCUGGGAUGACAGGUGCCUGCCACCACACCUGGCUAAUUUUUUGUGUUUUUAGUAGAGAUGGGGUUUCAUCAUAUUGGCCAGGCUGGUCUUUAACUCCUGACCUCGUGAUCCACCCAUCUUGGCCUCCCAAAGUCCUGGGAUUACAGGAAUGAGCCACCGUACCCAGCCAAGACUCUAUCUGUUCCCAUUUCUAAGCAGUGCCCCAAGAUGUUGUUACAGGGCCUAAGGGGCAAAUAUCCUCUAAAGAGUACCUACCAGCAGGGUGUGGUGGCUCCCGCCUGUAAUCCCAGCACUCUGGGAGGCCGAGGCAGGUGGAUCAUGAGGUCGAGUUUGAGACCAGCCUGGCCAAUACGGUGAAACCCCAUCUCUACUAAAAAUGCAGUUAGCCGGGCAUGGUAGCGCAGGCCUGUAGUCCCAGCUACUCAGGAGGCUGAGGCAGUAGAAUCAUUUGAACCAGGGAGGCAGAGGUUGCAGUGAGCCGAGACUGCGUGGCUGCACUCUGGCCUGGGUGACAGUGUGAGACUCUUUGCCUCAAAAAAAAAAAAAAAAAGUACCUACCUCAGGUAGGGACUGAAUAAACACGUGUAAGGCACUUUGGAAAAGUA